UAUGUUAACAACGGAGUAGCUAUAGGCCUAUAAUAUAGAAAUUAUUUUAUACAUACGAGUACAUGGUGCAUUCAAGAGUGUUUUUUGCUAAUUUUGAUGAUUAUUGCUCAUUUUAUCAUCAAAUGAACAAACAAAUAUCCUUAGAUGUACCGUACAUCCGGAUAUAUAAAAUUAUCUUUCGCUAUAGUACGGAUCUCAAGUUGUAGCUAUCUAAUUUUAUUGCUAAAGCUUUGUGGUAAUGAUAUGGAGUAAUAAUUAAUGGUAAUUGGUGGAGUACAUGAUACACAAAUAUUGUUGCGAAUUGGAGGGAAUUUGGUAAACAAAUGGGACUAUCAAUUUGGGACUAAAAAUUGACCAUAAGAGACUUGAUAAGGACAUAGGGAGUAAGAAUUUGCGAUUAAAUCUUGUCUACAUACAUCCAUCGAUAUCAUUGCAUGUAUAUAGUAUGUAAUAUGUGGCUCACUUCGAUGAUAAAUAUAUCAUACUUUGUACUCUGUAUAAUUUUAUCAUAUGAGUUUUCAUCCUACAGAAACAAGAAUGGAGACCACACUCAAUUACCCAAUUUCAAUUAUUCUAGUAAUAAUUGUAUUAAUUAUUUUGUGGAAAGUUGUAAAUGGAGUUUGGUUAAGGCCAAAAAAAAUGGAAAAGCUGCUAAGAAGGCAAGGUUUUAAGGGUAAUCCCUACAAAUUCAUUGUUGGAGAUGUAAAGGAGAUUAUAACUCAAACAAAACUCGCUUUGGGAAAACCUAUUAGUUUGGAAGAUGAUCACCUGCCUCGAAUUGUAUGUUUUAUUCAUCAUAUUAUUCAAAACUAUGGUGAACAAUGUUUUGCUUGGAUGGGUCCGACUCCUUGGGUGAUCAUCACAAAUGCAGAGAAGAUAAAGGAUGUUUUGAUAAAAUAUGAAGAUUUUCAGAAACCAAAUCAUCCAUUUACCCAAUUACUCAUGGUAGGUUUGUUUGGCCUUGAAGGCGAAACUUGGGUUAAACAUAGAAGAAUAAUCAACCCGGCAUUUCACAUGGACAAAUUGAAGAGUAUGUUCCAUUCAAUACACGAGAGUUGUAGCUUGAUGACAACUUCUUGGGAAGAGAUGAUUUCGAAAGGUGGAUCAACUUCAGCAGAGAUAGAUGUAUGGCCUUACCUUGAGAGUUUGACCGGUGAUAUAAUUUCUAGAGUAGCCUUUGGCAGCAGUUAUGAGAAAGGGAUAAGAAUAUGUGAAUUGCAAACAGAACAAGUCAAUUUAUCGAUUGCUAGUCCACAAGCAUCAAAUUACAUCCCCGGAUGUAGAUUUUUGCCAACGAAGAAGAAUCGUCGAGUAAAAGAAAUUUGCAAAGAGAUAGAAGAAUCAUUGACAGAAAUAAUAGAUUUGAGGAAAAAGGAGAUGGAAGCAGGGGCAAGCACCAAAGAUGACCUUUUGGGCAUACUACUAGAAUCUAGUAUGAAAGAAAUUAAAGAACAUGGAAAUGAAAAGGGAAAAGGUUUAACUACCAAAGAGGUUGUUGAUGAAUGCAAGAUUUUCUACUUAGCUGGCUCAGAAACAACCUCUACUCUUAUUGUUUGGGCACUCAUUCUGAUGAGCAAACAUCAAAUUUGGCAAGACCGAGCUCGGGCUGAGGUUUUGCAACUGUUUGGCAAGGAUGAAAUCCCAACUUUCCAAGGAUUGAGCCAUCUCAAAAUAGUAACUAUGAUUUUAAACGAAACUCUUAGACUUUACACACCAGCUUAUAUGCUCUUACGCAAAGUUUACAAGGACACAAAGUUACAGGACGUGUUGAUUCCAGCAGGAACAGAAAUUCUUUUGCCAUUGUGUAUUAUUCAUCAAGAUAUAAAUCUAUGGGGUAACGACGCUAAAGAGUUUAAUCCAGAAAGAUUUGCUCAAGGUAUUUCUAAAGCAACCAAAGGCCAACCCAUAUAUUUUCCCUUCAGUACCGGUCCUCGAUUUUGCAUCGGCCAAAACUUGUCCUUGUUAGAGGCCAAAUUAACAUUAGCUAUGAUUUUGCAACGUUUCUCUUUCGAUGUCUCACCUACUUAUAUUCAUGCACCUCAUGGUACAUUAACUGUAAGGCCUCAACAUGGAGCCAACUUAAUUUUAACCAAAAUCUAGAUUUGAAAUAAAUCAAUAAUCUUUGAUCAAUACAAUGCAUAUGAGAUAAUGUAUAAGCACUAGCUCGCUCCUACCUUGGAUUGGAUCGGAUUUGAUGGUCAUAAAGGCUACAUUUAAUUUGCCUUA